CGCGUUUAAAUUAAUAAAAAAACUCAACUCUUAAAACAAGUUUAGGCAAGUAGAGGAAAAGAUGCAGCAGCAAAAAGGGAAAGUAAAAGCAUCCACCAAAUCCCAUAAAUGCUUUCUCUUCCAAGUGAAACCACCAUGGCCGUCCUCUCCUUUUCCUUAUUCAAAUCUGAAGCAUGAAAUUCUGCAAGAGUUAUGAAAAUUACAUGAAGCAACUGGGGAAGACACUUCCUGUAAUUGGAUAUAGAAGGCUAAAGAAACACAUUAGCCAAUGUAAGAGUCGUAUUCAGUCCAAAAACGAUGCUGUUUUCCCUGUUGAUUGUGCAGUGUGUGAUGAAAUUUUCUUCCCUUCCCUCUUUGACGAAAUGUCAGCUGUUGUUGAUGAUUUUGGUAAAGAGGCACAAAAGUUGCUUGAUGCAUCAUUUUCAUGCCCAUGGCGCAUUUGGAAAUACUCUUGCUUUGACUGCUUAGGGAAUGGGUUAAAAGAUCACAAUGAUUUUUUGAUUAAAGAGAGUGAAGACCUACUCAUUUAUGCAAUUGUUAAUGCAAUUGCUUUUAGGAAAAUUCUGAAAAAGUAUGACAAGGUUCAUAAAUGUGAGAAAGGACGAGCUUUCAAAUCAGGAGCCCAAGUUAAGCACAUUGAGAUCCUUCAAUCUCCUUGGUUCUAUGAGCUCAUGUCUUUUCAGAUCAACUUGAGAGGGAAAAGUAAAGCAUCCAAUGGAGAUGCAGCUCUUUUUGGAGGAUUGGCUCUAAUGUUUAAUGGCGAGAAUCAUUCUAUAAGCUGUGGGCUUUUUGAUUCCUUCAAAGUUGACGUCAAUUUAAUAUGUCCUAUUUGCUUGGAUAUAGUUUUUGAUGCAGUUGCUCUUAGGUGUGGUCAUAUUUUAUGCUAUAUGUGUGCUUGCUCUACUGCUUCAGUGACAAUUGUUGACGGAUUGAAAACAGCUGCUCCAAGGAAGAGAUGUCCUUUAUGUCGAGAGUCUAGGGUGUAUGGUGAUGCUAUCCGAUUGGAAGAACUUAACUUUCUGCUAAGCAAGAGGUGCCCUGAGUAUUGGGAGAAGCGGCGUGAAUCAGAGAGAGAAGAGAGACUUCGGCUGGUGAAGGAGCAUUGGCAGUCACAAGUGCAUGGUCUCAUGACAGCUUAACUCUUUUGUUGUAAUUGCUGUUGCCUGCCCGUCUUUUAUAUGGGUAGCAAAACUAACUUAUUUUUGUGUGACCAAAUAUAUAAUCUGCAUUAUUGUAGACUCAUUUUUAGAUGGUAUUUGAUCAACUGCCUGGAAAGUUGGUAUUAGUUGGGUGAGUUAUUAAGUUGUACAUCUUAUUUUCAUGCUUGUAUAGAUACUCCUAUGGAUUAUGGAUGUACAUAAAAGAUUGUAUUUUGUCAUUGUUUUUUAGAACAAGGGAUCUAACUUAUUAAUUUGGUACAACGUUAAUGUCAAACCUUUAAACUGUAUGGAUUGAGGAAUUGAAAAGAAAGGAAAGGGAGUGAUCCAACUUCCUUUGUUUGGUAAAAGAUUUAAGAUGGGCAAGAUUUGAAAUGAAAGGAUUUGAAUGGAUUUGUUGUCAUAAUUUUGUUGGUUACAAUCUUUCCAUAAGUGAAAAU